AUGGCUGAGAAAAGUGUUUUUGCAGCACUUGGUCAGAGUAUCCAAAAAACCAUCACCGGCUGCAUUAGUGACAACGUUACUUUGGUCUUUGAUCUCCCUGAAAAUAAGUCUCUUACUGUGGAUAGUUAUAUUUGGUAUAAACAGGCUUUACCAAGGGAUCCAAGCUUUGCCAAAUACAAAGUAGCUGAUAAAAACUUCCAAAUAUUCGUAGAUGAUGUCAAAGGUCGACUUCUCCACAAUCAUGAUGAUUCAUCACAGCUGAAAAAUUUAGUUUUACUGAAUGUGCAGAAAAGUGACAUCUCUAAAUAUGUUCUUGUGAUUAACUAUGUCAAUGUUACACAACAGUCAUCGGAGUUUGUUUUGCAAUUGUCAGUAAGAGAUCUUUGCUUUCAAAAACCCGAGCAAGUUGAGGGAUGUGCAGUAUCAACAUGUUUCACAGGAGAGAAUGGGAAGCUAACAAUGAUAUACGGUAAUGAAACAGGCAUGACACAAACAGUAAAUGGCUACAAAGUGAUAACAAACUGUACCAGAGGUGUAUCUGUCAGCUAUAAAUGCUGUAAUGCAGCUGGGAAUUGUGAGGUGCAAACGUUCAAAGUACCUGAACCUGUUGUAGAUUUUCAGGUUACAUUUUUGUCCAUAGUAUGGACUCUCAGUAAGAGGUGA